GCUAUUUUGGACCUGCCACCAAAGAUAAGGGACCAUAUUUGUCAUUUUCUCCAUGGAAAAAUGACAAUCACUAUUCCAGUUACUCUUGUAAAUCAGUCCCUUCCUGUUCAAUUAGUCUUUGGUAAGUUGAUUUGAUUUAACAUAUUCAUCAGAAACCCUAAACCCCUCAUUAUCUACGUAAUUGUGGCAGAUGAUAAUGUAUCCAAUUGAUAAUUGAUUCAAUUUCUUGGUAAACAAUGCUGUGUGUUCGAAGAAAAUUGGGCGAAUUUUGUAGACAACAUCACACGUUGUCUAGCCGUGAUGGGCCUAGUGUGACGUUGAAGAAAAAGGUAGGUGAAUUAAAGGAGAAGAAGAAACGAAAAGACCCUAGGAAAAAUCAGUUAUUUGUACAGGUACCUGAUUCAAGAUCAUUUCUUGAUACUGCUACUAUGCCCAUGAUACUCACUGUAGUUGGCACCGCACUUUUCGCAAAGCUCCUCAUGAUGUAUGAUGACUCGAAGUCCCAAGAAAUGAUCGAGCGAAAAAUAAAGAAUGCGCCUGCUGGUCAAGGGACAGUUAGGAUGCUUACCCGCGAGGAAUGGGAAUCAGUUCAGGAUGUGCGCCCAAGAACCCCGUUUGAAUCUAAACUAGCUCGUCCAAAUGCAAGGCUAAGGACAGGGGAGCCUUUGAAGAUGGAAGAUGUCAAGGAUUGGACAAUAGAUGUUAUAACUGAUGCACUAACACGAGCUGAAGAAUGUGCUAAACAAGGAUCUAACUAGCUUUUAAGUUGAUAAUAUUGGUGAGCUUGUUCAAUCACAGCUGCUUCUUAUAUACCAGAAGGGCUUGUCUACCUCAGAUGGCCAUUUCAACGUACCAUCCUUCUAUUAACAGAGGUGGAAAAUAUUGCCUUUCUAACCGGGCAGCAAUUGCUAAGCUUAGUGCUAGCUUAAAGUGUGCCGUGCAAAAUCUUAGAACCUCGAAGAUUUUUCCCUAUAGAAUGUAUUCUAUUGUUGUGAUAGUUUGUUUGUCUUUUACGUUGUUAGAAAUGGUAAACUUAGGUCAACAUACUGAACAUUUCCUUUGAAUCACAUGCCAGAAAAUAUUGGUCUAAGAAGCCUCUCUUUUGAGUUGCUUCUAAUUGUCUUCAUGAGUAUAGUCGGAAUUGGUAGCUAGAGGAAAAAUGCUAAUUCUUGGUGUUAUGUUGGA